GCUGGCAUUUACAAAAUUUAAGCCAAUUUUAAAAUGCGCUUAAAUGAGAACACAAAACUAAUUGGCCAGCGCGUUGUGCUGGUGCCCUACGAAGCCCGACAUGUGCCCAAAUAUCACGAGUGGAUGAGCAGCCCCACACUACGAAGUCUCACGGCAUCCGAUGAGUUGACGCUGGAAGAGGAGUACGAAAUGCAACGCAGUUGGCGUGAGGACCCUGACAAGCUUACAUUCAUUGUGCUGUGCGCGGAGACGUAUGAGAAGACCAAUGAUGAGAUUGCCUCCAUGGUGGGCGAUACAAAUCUAUUUGUACGCCAAGAUGACGAUGAGCCGCAGAAAUACGUUGCCGAGGCUGAGAUAAUGAUAGCUUCAUCUGCGGCACGCGGAAAAGGAUAUGGUCGUGAAGCGAUGCUGCUGAUGUUCAAAUAUGCCCAAAAGCACCUGCCACUACGAAAAUUCGAAGCCAAGAUAGACAUGGACAAUGCUGUCUCAAUGCGCCUAUUCGAAAGCUUUCAGUUUAAGGAGGUGCGUCGGGUGGAGGUCUUCCACGAAGUGACGCUCGAGCGGCUCAUAACGGACGAUUGGCUGUCCUGGCUGGAUGCACAGGUGCAGCUGAGAGCUGAGAAAUAUGUUAAUGCUUGACACUAUUUAUAAUUAAGUUUAUGCUGUUUAUUACAUUUAUAUUACAACUA